GUAUAAAUAGGGCAAAUAAGAAGAAAUAAUAAAAAUCCAGUCUCCCGAACUUGUGGAGAGAAACGAAAUCGGUAAAAUAUGUUGAGGUUCAGUUCGAAGAGGCUUCUAGGGAUUGCGUCUAAGGAUUUGCCGUCACCGGCGGUUCAAAUCGUUCCGCGUUUCUACCACGAGAGGGUUAUUGAUCACUACAACAACCCUCGAAACGUCGGAUCGUUUGAUAAGAAUGAUCCGACGGUUGGCACCGGUCUCGUCGGUGCGCCCGCCUGUGGUGAUGUUAUGAAGCUUCAGAUCAAGAUUGAUGAGAAGACUGGUAAGGUUGUAGAUGCUUGCUUCAAGACCUUCGGUUGCGGUUCUGCAAUUGCUUCCUCGUCGUUGGCUACAGAAAUGGUGAAAGGGAAGCAAAUGGACGAAGCCUUAACCAUAAAAAAUUCGGAAAUAGCAAAACAUCUCUCCCUACCACCUGUUAAGUUGCACUGCAGCAUGCUUGCUGAGGAUGCUAUCAAGGCUGCUGUUAAAGAUUAUGAAGCCAAGCGUGCAAAAUUGGCAAAUGGUGCUGAAUCUUCUUCCGUAGAGAAGGUUUCAAAUGCUUAGCCAUCCUAUGAUUGUAAAUGAUGUAAAAACUGUUAUAGUUAAUAUCUGCUGUCCAAGAUGCGAGUUCUCUGCCCAGUUCUGAAUAUGGGAUGUCAACCAUAAUUUAUAAUUAUCACCAUAUUUUACUUUAUGUUGUGUUUUUUUUUUCUUUCGAUUUCCCCCUUCCUGAGUUCUGGAAGGAAGUGUUAGACCGUUGGAUUUUUGGUUCUUCAAGCCCACUUUUGGAAGUUCGAUGACACUGCCUUGCCUAUUUCAAUGGCUGUGUACUUAGCCGGUUCGGAUAGCGGUUUUUUGUUUUUCAUCUUCAUAAAGCUGAAUGUGGUUAAAAAAAAUCUGUAGAAGAGAAUAAAUGUGGUCUUUAGAUUUGGUAAGA